AAAUCUCCAAGCGCCCCAGCAUCGCCGGGGCAGAAGGCCGGCCCGACGAAAGACCCAGUUUCGCCAGGGCAAAAGCGCGGCCCGACAAAAGCCAAGCCAGCUGCCUCCCAGGAGUGGGCCCCACACCUCCACGCCGCCUCUCGCCCUUGGCCAUACUCGCCAGGAGUCGUCUCGAAGGGAUCCAAAGGUGGAAAAGGCGGGGCUGGCAAGGAUGGCAAGGGGAGCAAAGGCGGCAAGGCCGCGGGCAAAGGAAAAGGCAAUGGCAAGGGAAAGGGCCCCGCGAUGUACACCCGCACUGACGGCAAGGUCUGGGCAGUCAAGCAAGCUGCAACUGAGCCAGCAGCUGCAGAUGAGCAGCCAGUGACCAGCCGCAGGCCUCGAGCCCGCGGCAAGAUGAACACGUAUGCAACCGGCAACUGA